UGGAGGUGGAGGUGAUCUUUCGAGAUUUGGGUAUUGUGUGAAAAACACGCUAGAACUGCAAUCUUCCUACGAUGCACGAUCCACUUCGUGGAGAGCAACUUGUAGUCGUAGAACACGUACAAGACUCUGUGACGGGAGCGACGGCAUCUUCAAGUAGUUGACAACUCAGUACAAGACUCCGUGGUUGCAGCGACAAGAACAUCCUCAAGUAGUUGGCGACGUCUAUUCAAGUUGUUGGCAACUUCUAGAUGACAACAUCUAUCCUAAGUUGACAACAUCUUCUGCACAUCACCAAGUACAAAAAGAGUAAAAACUGACUUGAAGAAACCGCGACCAGAGCAGUAUUGAAGAAACCGGAGUCCUGCAACCAGAGUAGUUGCCCCGAUUAGCGGAAAGUAUAUCAACAGGAGUAGUGUUGAAGAAAAUGAGGCAGGAUUUGUCUAAGAGGCUUCUGGGCCUCGAUCAGAUCCUUCGCAGGAGUCUGGUUAUUAAGGCUACCGCUGAAGCUGCAUCUAGUACGUAGUGCUAGUAGACAGAUUUUUUUACUUCUACUAUAUAUAUGUAAGAAUUUUUAGAACCUCCUCCUUUCGCGUGUUUCAACCCUUCAAAUGUGGAAUAGCCACUUGAUCAUGAAGGCUUGUUGAAAUGUGGCUCUAAGGUUCUCGACGAUAACAAUGCUUACGGCCAUCCUCAAGUGAACGCAGAGGUCUCAACUGCGUUACAGCUGCGUGCAGUGCUCAAACUUCUCUUAAGGCAGUGCUCAAGGCUCCACUAGUACUAACUAGUUGUACAGAGUUGUUUCUCCUCAAGUAUGAGUAUCCUGUACUUCUUAGUCCACACUUAGUAUAUGUAAGAGUUUUUAGUAGUGCUUUGCUGUAGAAAUCCAGAGUACCAGACGUCUUUCUCUUUCUCUUAAGAGUUUUUUUUUUCUGAGGAAGGUUCGCGACCUAGAUGGUUCCGCAUUUUCUUGAUAGAAGUGUAACGUGCGAGACGAUAGGGUCACGCGCGACAAUAAUAAUAAUAAUAGUUGUAGUUCGUAUCCAGCAGGUCAUGAUCUUCAUCAUAGAAUUAUCUCGAUCUUGAUGAUACCUCCAAUCAUUCUGGCGAAAGUGCCACGAUAUGCACACUGUACAAGGGAGGAGUUGGAGGAGCUGGCUGUCCGGACGCAUCUCAUUUCUGUGCCGCCUAUGUCGUGUACUAUUGCGUUUUCUGAUGUAUUCGAAAACUCAAAAUAACCGAGUUACUGACUGAAAUAAGGGAGGUAGCUGAACAGCAAGGCUACUCUUCCUUCUCGUCAGUAUCUCGGUUAUUCUGAUCAGUUACUCGCUUAUUUCAGUUUAUCGAAUAGUCCAAUAUUAUAACUGAUCACGAUCUACAGUCCUUCCACAGUAGAAGUAAGUAGUAGAACCAAGCUCGUAUUUCCCGGCUCUUUUCUCACGCUUACAAGUUAUUACUUAGACAGCAUGUUUCCAUCCACGACUAUCAGGAGGUGGGUCCCAGGUUCCUGCUUCGUAAGUAGAAGUAUGAGGGACUUUAGAUUCCUUCGUCAAAGUUUGGAAUUUCUUCCUCGUCUAUCAGGUCUGCUUCGGAAGGAUCAGAGGCUGCCGGAGAGUGAGCAUUACAUUCUUCUUUAAGACUUGGCUUCCUAGAACAUCACCUCUCAAGUCUAUCCUCAACAAGUCUAUCCUCACCUCUCAAGUCUAUCUUGUUUUCGCAAGAAGGAGUUCACCCUGCUCACAUUGUUCCAAAUGUGUGUACUCUUGAACUUAACUCCGAACUUCUGGAUGAACUAGGAGUAUUUAAUUUAGAAAAUUAGUUGGACUCUUCACAUUCAUAGAGUAGCUGGACUUUCUAACUUCUGUCCGGGAGGUGCGUGGGGAUAUCAGUGGGCUUGGAAACGUUGAUGAACCAGUCACUAUCGAAGCUUUUCCAACGACUGCAAAAAUCAACAAACGGCCAAUCUGCGGUGCCGGGUUAUCGUGUCAUUAUGCAGUUCACCGUCAAUCCUAACCACAACAGGCUAUCCUGUCUGCGACAGGCUAUCCUCUCCACAGGCUUUCCUAUCCAUAGGAUAGUCUAAAGAUGCUUCAAAGAAUAGUCUGCGGAUACUUAUUAACUUCAAUGAGUAGGCUAAGGAUGCUUCAAAGGAUACUCUAAAGUAGGUGCUUCAUCUUGCUCGUAGUUUCUCUGUUGAUCCUACCUCAGGUCUGUUGAACUAGAAUCAUGUUUUACUAGUAGUUGAACAGUUGUACCUAGCUAGUUCUCGUACCAUACUAAACUGCUGUUUCUGAUGGCCUCCGAGAAAAAUGAGGAGAGUAAUACAAGUCAACGCGAGUGUCGAUUAAGUUGAACUAGUGCCUCCACCUUCCUCGGGAUAAAAGUCCUACUAUCUUCAUCCAAGGGAUAAUCUUCCGCCUCCUGCUCUAGUCGAUUUCUUAGACUUCUAGUGGAAUACGACAAUGUUAAGAAGCAAGUAAGUAUCUUACUUGCUUUGAAUUCCGCUUACUUUAUAGUACUUACUUCAUUACUCUAAUCGGGUCCGUCCUCUGGUGGACAAAAUCGUUAUUCCGAUGGACGGAAGGCCAUCCGAGGACAUUCUAGUGAUGCCGGAGGAAACGGCGAUAUUUGGCAGGGUUUCCGCGGAUCUGAAGUACAUGGCAGCCCUCAGGGCGUUGGUUAAGGCGCUUACAAAUCGUAGUUACUGUAUAAAAGAAGUGCACGUACCCGUGGAUUGGUUUUACUACUACUACUACUACUAAGUGCAGCAAAGGAUAGAACUUUUUACAAAUUGUAGUUACUAAAAAUAUGCGUAUUUUUAUGGGAUAGAAGAAAGGAAGGAAAGUUCGUUGUAAGAUUAAGCACAAUCAUCAUGAUCAUCAUCAUCAUCAUCAUCGUCGUGCGGUCUUAUGCUUCCUAGGGUGGUUGUUUGUAAAUUUGUUGAAUUCAUUCUUUGCAAAACCUCCACUUGUAACUUCGGGGGGGGGAAGAAGCAUAUAGUCUCAUGGAAAAAAAUAGCCUCUUGCUAGUAUUGGCGCACUCAUUCACUCACUCCAGAGGGACUGAGUCAGAGAGACACUUCAGAGAUUUAGACUCGAGACUCUCUUUUAACUAGUACUGACCAGUUUGGGAGUGGGACUCUUCUAUAUCACUUUGGAGACUCAAGACUCUCUAUAAUUGAGAGGUGCAUAUCAUCUUCUAGUACUUUGGAGGCGUGGGCGUGUCUUCAGGGUUGUCUAAAUUGGCGCUGAAGAAGAAGAAAGUUCGGUUACGG